CUGUGGGUGGGCGUGGCCGACGUGGGCGAGCUGCCGACUAGCGGGUCCUGCAGGGCCGCCCGCGCACUUCCUGGUGUCACCCGCAGAGGGCGCCUGUCGCCGCGCCGCCUGGAGAGUCUCGAGGCCGGAAGCCGUCCGGCGCCGCCCCGCUCGCCCCAGCCGCCGCCAUGAAGGCCGUGGUGCAGCGCGUCACCCGGGCCAGCGUCACAGUUGGAGGAGAGCAGAUAAGUGCAAUCGGACGGGGCAUCUGUGUGCUGCUGGGUAUUUCUCUGGAGGAUACACAGAAGGAACUGGAGCACAUGGUCCGGAAGAUCCUAAACCUGCGUGUGUUUGAGGACGAGGGUGGGAGGCACUGGGCGAAGAGUGUGAUGGACAAGCAGUACGAGGUGCUGUGCGUCAGCCAGUUCACCCUGCAGUGUGUCCUCAAGGGCAACAAGCCCGACUUCCACCUGGCGAUGCCCUCGGAGCAGGCAGAGGGCUUCUACAACAGCUUCCUGGAGCAGCUGCGUAAGGCCUACAGGCCGGAGCUCAUCAAAGAUGGCAAGUUUGGUGCCUACAUGCAAGUCCACAUUCAGAACGACGGGCCUGUGACCAUAGAACUGGAAUCGCCAGCUCCUGGUGCUGCCACCUCUGACCCUAAGCAGCUGUCCAAGCUUGAGAAACAACAGCAGAGGAAAGAAAAGACCAGAGCCAAAGGGCCUUCCGAAUCAAGCAAAGAAAGAAGCACUCCUCGCAAAGAAGACCGCAGCGCCAGCAGCGGGGCUGAGGGUGACGUGUCCUCGGAGCGGGAGCCGUAGGCCUGGGACGCUGCUCAGUGCAUUAUCAUUGGGCAGAACUGGAUCCUGAAAAAUUCAUGAAAGAUGCUAGGCACCUACACUACUUUAAGGAUUUGGAACUGAAUCCUGAAAAGGAAGAUGGAAAUAAGAAACUGGGAACCUGAAUAGCCCUGCAAAAAGCAAAAGCAAAACAAAACAAAACAAAAAACACCAAAGGAGCAUUACCACUUUCUGCCGUUGCUGUGGUUUAAUACAGGAAGUGGGUGCUGCCUACCCCCUCUCCCCGAGAAAGGCUGUGUUGGUUCCUAUGAUAUUUUGACUUCUUUCAAAACAGGCUGUCCCAGCAUCAUUCGUCACUGAGUCCUCCUUUCACAGUGUGGUUGGUGUAUUUCUGCGUGUCUCUGACGGGUCCCAAAUGCAUUCAUCCUCUCCAUGUUUUUCCCAACACUGGCUCAGCCAGGGCACAUGUUAAGAUGUAGAGAGAACAGUCAUCAUUGAUAAUGUAUUCGUGAGACCUUUGCAUCUUGUAAAUCUUCUCUCUUUUUUCUAAAAAAGAAAUAAACUCCAACGCUCAACAAA